AUGGCUGCGAAAAUGUGAGUUUUAACCUAGUUUUCAUAUCAAUAUUUCUGUUUUAGUGGCCAAAACGUUGUUCAAUCAUGGGCUGAUGCAUCUGCUGAAGAAAGUAAGUUUAUAUAUUUAUUUUAGGUAACAAAAUCUAUCUUCUAAAUUAUUUUAAAGUUUUGGAACACAAGGUUUCACUUUUGUUGCGAAAUAAUGCCAUAGGCAAAUGGGAGAAUUCUCAAAAGAAAAUUUUUAUUUUCGAAAAUUCAAAACCAAUCUUUUGGUUGUAAAAUUGUAUAUUUAUUUGUCUUUAACAUCACGCUUGGAUAACAUAAGUCUAACUAUGGGUAUUCAGAAUGGAAUAAGUUCGUUUUUAUUGAUUUAUGUUAUAUUAGGUCUUGGGUCAUGGUUAACAUCAGCUUUUCGGGGUUUGCAAGGAUUUAUGUGUUUAAAAACUCUUGUUAUAUUAUGAUAACAAGGUUAUUUCUGUUUCUAAUAUAAAGCGGCGGGUUUUUUUUGUUUUUUCGGAUUCUAUUCUUUGAAAUAAGAGGUAGCUCAUGGGUAAUAUAAUUUUUCUGAAGAAAACUUUAAAUUUUGCGUAGUCCAUGGCUCUUAUUAGUUUAAAUAUGAAUUAAGCUUUAUUUUUAAUUAUUAAUUUGCUUGUUUCAGGUCCACUAAAAACUGAAGAAAGCAUUAUCGAGGAAAAUGGCAAAACUUACAAGGUAUGAACUGAUUUUCUUUUUUUUCUUGAUUUUAGGCACAUUUACAGACCAAAGCUGAUAUGGUAAAGCUUUAAAAAUGAACAAAGAACUUUUUUCUUUGUGUUACAAAGAUUUAACUUCAAUUUUUCUUGACCUGUGCAUCAAUUCAUGUUGUUUUAGGUCAAGCAAACAUACCAAACCGUGACUCGUCAAGUUCCACGUAUUGUUGCUGAAAGAAGAAAGUGGAAAAAGUUUGGCAAGUCUGCUAAUGAUGGACCAGGCCCAAACCCAGCUACCACAUUUGUCGCUGAGGAGGUCAAAUUGGUCUGGGUGAAUAACCAAGCCGAACAGGAGCUGGUCGAUGACAAGAAGCAGGAUAACUUGGCCAACACUGUUGCUACUCACUGUCGCUUGUGUAAAUCGGAUGACCAUUGGUCUAGAGAUUGUCCUCUUAAGGUAGGGAGGCUUUCAGUGUUUUUUUUAUGUUUUGAGGUGGUGUAUAUAGUUUUAGGCACAUUUUUAUUAGUUUUUAAGCUAAAUCGAGCAACUUUUCAGUUUUUUGGGUAACAUUUUAAUUUUCUUUUCAUAUAUUUAUGCAUAAAUUUUAAAAUAUCACUUUUCAGAGCUACUACCAAAGCCAAGAAGACAAGACCGACGCAAGGGCACCAACCUCAGGUGCUGGGGCUUAUGUACCUCCAGGAGCUCGUGGUGGAGAUCGCGUUGGUGGUAAGCUUUUUGAAUAUUUUAAUCAGUUUUCGAACGAAAUGGUAUAAACUUUCUUUACAAAACUAAAGAUAAAAAGAAAUUUUAAAAACUAAAAUAUGACAUCCUUUCACAAAAAUCCGUUUUCAGCCGAACGAAGAAACGAUGAGAACACGUGCCGUGUCACGAACUUGCCCGAAGACAUGCCCAACCUCGAGGAACAGCUCCGCGACAUGUUCGGCCAGGCCGGCCGCAUCGAACGCUUCUACCUGGCCCGAGACAAAGCCACGAACAGGCUGCGCGGCUUCGCCUUUGUCACAUACGAAAGCAAAACCCACACGCAACGAGCCAUUGAAAUGUUCAACAACGCCCGCUUUGGCCACCUCAUCCUCAAGGUGGAGUGGACGAAACCCGCCAACAACUAA